GUGCGACGAGGUCAAAGCUUCUUUAUUGUCACGGGGACGAAUCUCAAUCUACAAGUCGUGGAGUGGUCCCUUCAAUGUUGUUAAUAGCACUCUAAUUGACACGACUCCUCACCGAAGAAGCCUCCUUUUGUAGUUUUCCCUAGAAAAAAAAUUAAUCAAAUCGUAAAAACGCACUAACAAGCUUGAGGAAAAUCAUGAGCACCGAGUACGAUUAUCUGUUCAAGCUUUUGUUGAUCGGUGACUCGUCUGUUGGAAAAUCAUGCCUCCUUCUCCGAUUCGCCGAUGAUGCUUACAUUGACAGUUACAUUAGUACCAUUGGUGUUGACUUCAAAAUUAGGACUAUUGAGCUGGAUGGGAAGACCGUUAAGCUGCAAAUCUGGGAUACUGCUGGGCAAGAACGUUUCAGGACCAUCACUAGCAGCUACUACAGAGGAGCUCAUGGAAUCAUUAUUGUGUACGACUGUACUGAGAUGGAGAGCUUCAACAACGUGAAGCAGUGGUUGAGUGAGAUCGACAGAUAUGCUAAUGACAGUGUUUGCAAGCUUCUUAUCGGUAACAAGAAUGAUAUGGUUGAGAGUAAAGUUGUUUCCACCGAAACUGGAAAGGUUAGCUCUCAACCACUGUUAGUAGUUUCCUCUUGCAAUUUUGUAUUCCAGUUAUGAUUGUGUUUCUUUCCUAUCUGCAGUUAGAACAGUUGCAUUUGAUGGUAUCAUCGUAGCACUAAUCGUAACCGUGUGAUGAUAUUACGAGUGUUGAGAUUGUUGUAUACCACAAUUAAAGGGAUAAUGAAUGUA